AUGGAAGGAAAUAAUAUUAAAAAGACUUUGCCGUUUUCCAUAGAAAGCAUUCUUUCCAAAGAUAGCAGUAACAAGCCCGAAAACACCUCCAAGUACUCACCGUAUAGAAAUGACGUCACAGUUACAGCCCCGUCUGCUGGUGACGUCAGAAACGCGAUGGCGUCCCGUGUCUUCUUAGCAGAGGGGAUCGCUGAGAGAUUAGGCCAGAACAGUUCUUACAGCGAAGAUUCGGAUGACGACGACAGUGGCGAUGUAUUUGACAGUCCUAUGAAAACGUCAUCAACAACACACGAUGAAGACAUGACUUCAUCACCAGAGGAGCGAUUGACCACAGCGAUUUCAAAAUGCAAAGCAAAGAAGAAAACUCGGACAGUAUUUUCAAGACAGCAAGUUUUCUACCUCGAGGCUGCUUUUGACGCCAAACGUUACCUGUCCAGUGCAGAGAGGUCAGAGAUUGCGACGUCAUUGAAUUUGACAGAAACUCAAGUGAAGGUUUGGUUUCAAAACAGGCGAAACAAGUGGAAAGCUCAGUUAAACGGCGAUGAGAAGGGACUGUCUGUCGAAAAUACGCCAGUGUAUAUGCCGCCAUUUUUGUGUAGUAGCAUGGCGGCCGCUGCUGCGCAUGCGCACAGAACGCAGCAAGGACUCCCGCCACUUCCGUUCUUUCGACAGCCAGUGUUCUACUAA